AUGACGGACAAACUUCCUCACCAGCUCCUGCAGCUCUUCCAACCCCGACCACCUCUUCGCUACAUUCCUCCUCAAGACCCUGCGCCCGAAGACAGGGCCUCCGGUGGAUCUAAAAUCGGCGGUAUCGCUGACUUUCUACCCGCUCUCGCCACCUAUGCCGCGACGGACGAGUACCAUCCGACCGAGUCAUGGCUGCAGAGAAAGGACAGGCUCAAACGCGAGAAGAUGGAGAGACUAGAAGAAAUGAAGAAAGAAGGUUUCGAGGGCUACAAGCCCGAAGAGGAUCCGCAGAUACGAGGAGAUGCUUUCAAGACACUGUUUGUGGGCAGGUUGAGCUACGAGGCUAAGGAGUCAGAUCUGGAGCGGGAGUUUGGGCGAUUCGGUCCCAUUGAGAGGAUCCGCAUCGUCAAGGACGAGAAUCAGAAGAACCCGAAGAAGCAACACAGAGGCUACGCGUUUAUUGUCUACGAACGAGAAAAGGAUAUGAAGGGUACUGCCAUCCCCUUCUUACCUCUACUAUACUCGUUAGCUGCCUACAAGGAAACCGAUCGAGUUCGCAUUAAAGACCGCCCAGUCCUGGUUGAUGUCGAACGCGGCCGUACCGUCAAAGGCUGGAAACCUCGUCGCUUUGGUGGUGGUCUUGGAGGACGCGGAUACACAAGACAACAAGCCGUUCGACCAGGUGGAUUUGGCGGUCCGCCCGGUCCUGGCUUCCAGGCUGGUGGCUUCCGAGGAGGGUUCGCCGGCCGAGGAGGUGGAGGAGGAGGAGGAUUCCGAGGUGGCUUCCGCGGCGAUAGAGGUGGUGGGUUCGCUGACCGAGGUGGAGGGUUCAGCGAUCGAGGCUUUGGUAGCAGAGGUGGUAUUGGAUAUCAAGGUGCUGGUGGAUUCGGAAGCCGAGGUGGGUAUGCCAAUGGUGCUCCUCCGCUCAAUGCGCCCAGUGGUCCAGGUGGUGGUGGUGGUGGCGGCCGUGGCGGUUAUGGCGGUUAUACAAAUGGGGCUGGCGCAGCUGAUAACAGCGAUCGUGGCCGUAACGGUUAUGGUGAUCGUGAUGGAUACCGCGGAGGCGGUUCGGCCCAAGGUACCAGAUAUGACAGCCGUGAUCCACGAGGAGGUAUAACUGGAAGCAACCGAGAACCAGUUGUCGCUCGGGACCGUGGCUAUGGUGGUGACCGCGACCGUGACAGGGACCGAGAGCGAGAGCGAGGCGACCGGGACAGGUAUGGCAGCGGCAGGCGAGACGACGACUUCGGAUCCAGAAAACGAUACCACGAUGGCGAUGGCUAUGAAGACCCAAGAAUCAAAAGAAGGUAUUAA